GUAUAAAUGUAAGGUGUUCGGACAAGCAGAGAAGCAACAACAAUUCUCCUAGCUGAUCUGAAAAAACAACAUGGGCAAGAUCGUUUUUUACGAGGACAGGAACUUCCAGGGUCGCUCCUAUGAGUGCAUGAGCGACUGCUCCGACAUGUCCUCCUACCUGAGCAGGUGUCACUCCUGCAGGGUGGAGAGCGGCUGCUUCAUGGUCUACGACCGUCCCAACUACAUGGGGAACCAGUACUUCAUGAGGAGGGGCGAGUAUGCUGACUACAUGAGCAUGUUUGGAUGGAGCGGAGCCAUCAGGUCCUGCCGCAUGAUCCCCAUGUACAGGGGUCAGUUCAGGAUGAGGAUCUAUGAGAGGGAGAACUUCGGAGGUCAGAUGUACGAGCUGAUGGACGACUGCGACUCCAUCAUGGACCGUUACCGCAUGUCUGACUGCAUGUCCUGCAACGUGAUGGACGGCCACUGGCUGAUGUACGAGCAGCCCCACUACAGAGGCAGGAUGAUGUACAUGAGGCCCGGAGAGUACAGGAGCUUCAGGGACAUGGGCUUCAGCGGCAUGAGGUUCAUGAGCAUGAGGCGCAUCAUGGACAUGUGCUAGAUCUACAUGUAAUUGUACACUUAAAAACAAUAAACCACUUAGCUUUUUAAA